UUUAUUAUUGCUUGGCCCUAAUCCUCUUCCGUAGCACAGACAUACAAAAGUGUGCUUUUAUAAUUUCCCCAUAGGGUGUAUUUAUCUCUCAAGUGGCUCUCGCGCUCCCCCUGCUGGUUUUGGAGCGCCAUGGAAUUCCCAAGCCCGACGGCACCGACUGCGCAUGCGUGGAUGAAAACUCCAUGAUUAUUUUUUUUUUUUGGCACGGGAUCCUAAGGAAAAAAAAAAAAAUAGGAACUUGGAAACGGAAAUAAACUAAAAGCACCAUCAUAGAGCCGCAAUCAUCACAUAGUUUCAUUAGAAGAGCGUUGGACCUUUAAAUGAGGCGAUCGCGCCCUCGAGCACGAUUCACGCGAAACUGGACGACAAUGCACGGGGCUCAAUAAAACUGCGUUAUUGCUCUUUGUUUUUAAGCAGGACGCCCCGGAUGGAUGAAGACGCUGGGAAGUGCAUAAAAUCCCUCGACGUCUCUAACAGCUCUUGCAACGGUGACACUUGCAAGUAAAGUCCGUCGAGAAGCUUGUUCGGUCGCGCGCUGAAGAAGCAGGAAACUUCGUCAACACAACAGAGAUUGCCAGCUUUUGGAGCGUUCCGAAGGAGCAUCUCGGUGUUUUCGAGAGGAUUUCGCCAGAGAUUUAGUUUUCGAUUGCGAAAUUUUAAUGCUGCGUAAAUGUCCUCCAACACAAAUGGUGCUGACCAAGGCUGUAUCAAAAUGAACAGGAGCUGGAUGUGUGUGAGCAGAAAAUGACGGGGGGCAGUGAGAGUGUGGCUGGAGAUAAAGAUGGAGGUACGACGAUCACCACUCAGAUCCCAGUUGGCUGGCAGAGGAAGGUGGAAAAUGGGACUGUGUCUUACAUCAGCCCAAAUGGUACAGUCCUGCGAUCUGUGGACGAGGUGAGGGUGUAUCUGUGGACAGAUGGCACGUGUAAGUGUGGACUUGAGUGCCCGCUUGUCCCAAAUAAGGUCUUUAACUUUGAUCCUGUUGGGAUGGUUCAAGCUCCUGGUCAUCAGACAGGUAAGGUUGAGGAAGAUAUGACUAAACUCUGCAACCAUCGCAGGAAAGUUGAUGCCAUGGAAGCACUAUGCCAAAGCAUGCAGCCCUCACAACUCGCCCGGCUGGCUCAUGCCACAGGAGGUGUUGCAUGCACCGUGGAUGGCAAGGAGCCGAGAGGAUCGGUUCUGGCUCACGGAGAUGGCGCCCACUGCACUUAUCCUCAACCGAGACGCAACCAUCUCAAAUCCAACAGCAUCACCUUUCCACUGACCUCUCCUCGUUCUGUUCUGCAGAAUGGUUCUGUUUGCCACACCCCUAUCUCACGGCCCCCAGAACAAAACUCACCCUUAAAGAAGCCCAUUACUCAAACCCCAAUAGGCAGCAAUACGCCCGCUUACGUGAAGCAGCAGUGGAACCCUCACUCUCAUCCACCCCGUUCUCAAAACAUCCUCCAAAGAACAUUGCACAACUCCACAUCUCCCAACAACAACCUGCUCCCCAACUCCUUCUCGACAUGCCCCUCUUCAUCCUCUACUCUAAUUGGUCGAAUGCAUCUGCCACAUCCACAAGGAGCAAGUGUGAAUUCGCCCCCUCCUCUUUCUGUUUGCUCGUCCCCCUCACGUCGGGAUACCUUCUCACCCCACCAGCGUUCUCGUCAUUCCUCAACCUCUUCUCUUUCUGAUCAGGGAGCACCAGGGUCAAUCUUCAUCCAGGGGGUCAAACUGUCACCUCCCACCAUGCCGUGCUCCUCUCCUAAGCCCCCUGUCCCCCCCACCAGCCCUUGCAGUCGUCUAGAGGGCAUCUUGCAGCACUAUAAAGACUGUAAUACCACCAACAUCAGCUCCAACACUAACUCCACCAUCUUUAGCAACCAAAGUAAUCAUCACAUGUCACAGGCCCCGAUGUCAGCCCACCUUAAUCCUGGUGACAAGAGGAACGGGGAAACUGCAAUCCCACUAAACUCUGCUCAAGCCCCAGGCCAGCUUGGGCGUCCUCUAGGACAUAUUCCCAGCCAACAGAAGAGCCAGCAUCAUGUCAGUAGCUCUUUCCCGGCCAGCAGCCUCCUUUCUGCAGCAGCCAAAGCCCAGCUGGCCAACCAGAAAACCCAGAGCCAGCUAAACACAGCAGAUGUGCUGUCCGCAAUCCCUCUCACGGGCCUGGAUAAGGAGCAGCAGUCAAAGGGGACUCUGUCCAGUCAUGCUCUAGUUUCUACCUCGGUGACCUGUGCCCCCCUGGUGCCCACCACAGGCCAGGAAGUGUGUGACCCCCUGACUGAGCAGGACAAACACACCCACACACCUCACUUCCUGCCCCCUCUACUCGCACAUGGGGUUCUUGGUGACCUCGCCGCUCUGGGUAACAUUAACAGUCUUCAUAGUUUACUAGGAGGGGGUUCACUCCUGAUACCACAGGGCACCUCUCUGGGUGUCCCACUGCCACAGAACCAAACACCUCUGAACCCACUCACCUGCCUACAGCUCACAAUGGCUCCCGCAUUGAUGGGAGAGAAGCCGGUGUCUCUCCACGAGACUCCUCCAUCACAAGAAGAGCUUCCAUCAGCUCAGGUAUCCCAGGAUUCCCUACUCAAUCCAGUGCAGACAUCUGCGCAGCAGCGAGAGGGCUCGAGCGGAACGGGGCUGUUUGACCCCUACAGUUCCUUCAUGGACACGAUCUACACCUCCUUCCUGCAGGUCAGCGAGCGAGCCGAAGGCGGGUCUGACUCCACACCCCUGUCAUACCCAGAACUGCCGUCCAUUCUCCAGCAGGCCAGCGCCCCACCCUCUCUCAGCCCACGACGUGCAUGUUCGGUCCAUAACCAGGAUCUGUCCCGUCUCGGCAUGGACAUGGCACAGUCUCCUGCCCGCGGAACGCCCAAACUGAGCGAAGACCCCUCCACGCCGCCACCCAGUAAACCAGCAGGGGCCGACGCCCUGUCAGACGCCCCUCUGCAUCCUGUCUUCAUGGAGGAAGCCAAGACGGACGGGUCGGCCAAUAUGUGUGUCUAUAGCAACGGGAUCGGUUCAGGAAUGGAGGGAAGACGACAAAACGGUGAUGACAAUGAGGAGGAGGAGGAUGGACGAAGGCUGCAGGGGUAUUUGAGUCCCAGUGAGAGGGCGAGCAGAGAGGCGGGCGAUGACCUCAGCAGUAGAGACACUGAGCAAAGCAGGGCUGAAGACGUGCACACAGUGUCCAGAAGAGGGCGCAAGAGAAAACAGUCGCUGCAGAGGGCGCCAGAGCUGCCGGGGGGCAUCGACAGCAUCAUAGAGGAGCCCACCGCUGCAAUGGCACUGUCGAGACCGGCGAGAUCCGCGAGGGGGAAGAGACGACGUGUAAUGCGAUAACGCCCCUUAAACGAGCCCUCGUCCUACUGUACUUACCACCAACGCCAGCACUGUUGCCAUGGCAACACCACCAGGCCGUGUCAUGCCGUUUGACUGAGCCACACUGUGAAGACUUUCCGUUUGAAUCACGUCUCUCCAGUUAUCUCACUCCUGCUCAUUCACUCUUUUUUUUAUUUUAUUUUAUUUGUUAAACAUUCUGGUGUUUUGGUGCUGUGAUCUCUGGAGGUACACACUGAGCUUCAUUCGUUAUGGACGAAUAUUGUUACGUAAAUUGUGGCAUGAAUGUUACAGUUUUAGAAAAGUUAUCGUGGCACGAACAUGAAAACGUAACAAUCUUUAACGUACGGAAAGCCAUUCUUGCGUAAAUUGUUGCACAUAUGUGGCCAUUAAAAAAGAUGUUGCAUAAUGAUAAAAUAAUUGUCGCAUGUACGAAACGAUUUAAAAAUUGUUACAGUUCACAGUUCCUAUUGCAAUUCUGGCAAAAAUCGUUAAAUAAAGUCAAAUCGUUAUAGUUCAAUCAAUUAUCAUUUCAAAGUGUUCAUUCACCUGAAUUCAGCAAUUUUAUAGAUAUUGUUGUCAUGUGAAUUCGAUAAUUUAAUUUGUAUCGUUGGCUCAUGAAUUAUACAAUUGAAUAGUUAUCGUUGUUAAAUUCGACAAUUACAUUUUUAGCAUCGUUGCAUAAAUUAUGAAUUUGACAAUUUAAUAAUUAUUGUUACAAAAUUGGACAAUUAAAUUUGUAACAAUGUCACACAAAUUCCUCAAUUAAAUUUGUAUC